AUGGCAGGCAACACAGCAGCAAUAAUCCGCAAAGUCGCUGCUUUGACUUUAGCUAUUUGGGUCGACCUUUCCUUGUUUUACGCAUCGGGAUUUGUAGUGACUCACAGCGUCUUUGGACAUUUUGCGCGUCUCUGGGUUUCAGCGGCUCUCCGGUGUUUGGCACUAACUGCUGUAACUGUGCUCAGCCUCGGAGACAUCAACCCGUUGCUGAUUCGUUUUAUAACGGCGCACAGUUUGCUGCCCGCGGUGUUUGAGACCGGGACCAAAGUGAUCUACCAUGAAGAGACCCCAUGUGGCUUGUUGGCUGAUAUGCGCUGCUGGCUGAUGUGCGGCGGAGCGUCGCUGGCUGCUGCACUGUUUUGGGAAAUCACCAUCCCGGACACCGACGAUGCGUCCGCCGGUACAGAGAAAAAGCAGAAAGCCAGAGUGCUGUUUGUGAGAGUCCUCUACCUGUACAAACCCUACUAUCACCUGCUGCUUGGAGGGCUUGUGUUCCUGUCGCUAGCUGUUAUCUGUGAGAUGUUCAUCCCUUUCUACACCGGCAGAGUCAUUGACAUCCUUGGCAGUCAGUACCAGCCAAAUGAAUUCAUAUCUGCAGUCCUCUUCAUGGGCCUGUUCUCUCUGGGAAGCUCAGUGAGUGCGGGCUGCAGAGGGGGUCUCUUUAUUUGUGCAAUCAGUGCCUACACAUGCAGUGUGAAAGUCAAGCUGUUUGGGGCUUUGACCAAACAGGAAAUUGGAUUCUUUGAGACUAUAAGGACAGGUGAAAUCACAUCCAGGUUGUCUAAAGACACAACCCUGAUGGGAAGAACAGUGUGUCUGAAUGUCAACGUACUGCUGAGGACAUUCAUCAAGACACUGGGCAUGAUCUCACUGAUGAUGAAUCUUUCAUGGAAGCUUACGUUCCUCGUAUUGAUGGAGACGCCAAUCACUGGCCUCAUACAGAACAUCUACGACACACACUACCAGCGCCUGUCCCUGGAAGUGCAGGACUCAAUGGCUCUGGCUAAUGAGGCUGCAAAUGAGGUAGUAUCCAAUAUUCAUGUGGUGCGGAGCUUUAACACAGAAAAACAUGAGAACCGUCGCUAUCACAACCGCUUGAUGGACACACACACUCUCAAAACCCGCCGGGAUACUGUCAGGGCUGUUUACCUGCUGGCACGCAGGUUGACAGGUUUGGCCAUGCAGGUCUUAAUGUUGUACUACGGCAGGAUGUUCAUCCGGAGUGGGCAAAUGACCACUGGCCACCUGGUUUCCUUCAUCCUCUACCAGUCAGACCUUGGAGACAACAUCAGGACACUCACCUACAUCUUCGGUGACAUGCUGAACUCGGUGGGGGCCGCCGGAAAAGUGUUUGAGUACCUGGACCGAAAACCUAAGGUCAGCACAGAGGGAAAACUCAAACCUGAUCAGCUGUCAGGACACGUCAGCUUCCGCCAUCUCAACUUCGCCUAUCCUGCAUACCCCAACAAAACAGUGCUGCAGGACUUUUCUUUGGAGCUGAAGUCAGGUCAGAUGACGGCACUGGUGGGUCCAUCUGGAGAAGGAAAAAGCACCUGUGUGAGUCUGCUGGAGCGAUUCUAUGAGCCGCAGGAUGGAGAAAUCCUAUUGGACAAUGAACCCCUGAAAUCCUAUGACCACCGUUUUCUCCACAAGAAGAUUGCAGUGGUGAACCAGGAGCCUGUGCUCUUCUCUGGCUCCAUCAGAGACAACAUCGCCUACGGGCUUGCUGACUGCUCAUUGGAUGAGAUCCAAGAAGCAGCACGCAAAGCCAACGCCCACGACUUCAUCAAGCAGAUGGAGAAAGGCUACGAUACAGAGGUGGGUGAGGGUGGCGGCCAGUUGUCCAAGAGCGAGAGGCAGCGCAUCGCCAUUGCUCGAGCUCUGGUCAGACAGCCACAGGUCCUCAUUCUGGAUGAAAUAACCAGCUCUCUGGACACCGAGAGUGAAAAUAAGGUUCAACAGGCUCUGGCUAGUUGCCCCAACCAGACCCUGCUGGUGAUCGCUCACAGGCUGAAGACCAUCGAGAAGGCAGACCAGAUCAUUGUGGUUGGUGAAGGCAAAGUUCAGGAGCGAGGGACUCACCAGGAACUGAUGGACAAGAAGGGGAUCUACUACAAUCUGAGAGAGAAGCUCUUCACUGAGGGAGACUCUCCAAAGUGA